AAAGGAUCACAGACGGUCUCUACAUGAUGUGGCUUCCAAAGGCUCCAGGGCCAUCCACCUCACUAGUCUGCAAUGGAGAAAGCAGAAAUGGAAAUUCAAACGCCACGACUUCCAUUCUGUUAUUAAUCGCUCUGUAGACAUGUGUCCCCACUGCAGGGAGUGAACUGCGCCAAGGGGGAAAGUUCUUGGAGUCUCCAAACCUCCAGCACUUCUCGUCUCUCUUCCUGGAGUAGAAGCAGAACUAUGGCGCUUUAUAGCUGCUGCUUAAUCCUCUUGGCAUUUACCUGGUGCACUUCUGCCUAUGGGCCCGACCAGCGAGCCCAGAAGAAAGGGGACAUUAUCCUUGGGGGGCUCUUUCCUAUUCAUUUUGGAGUAGCAGCCAAAGAUCAAGAUUUAAAGUCAAGGCCAGAGUCUGUGGAAUGUAUCAGGUAUAAUUUCCGGGGCUUUCGCUGGUUACAAGCUAUGAUAUUUGCCGUGGAGGAAAUAAACAGCAGCCCGGCCCUUCUUCCCAACAUGACGCUGGGAUACAGGAUAUUCGACACUUGCAACACUGUUUCUAAAGCCUUGGAGGCCACUCUGAGUUUUGUGGCCCAGAACAAGAUUGAUUCUUUGAACCUUGAUGAGUUCUGCAACUGCUCGCAGCACAUCCCCUCUACCAUUGCAGUGGUGGGGGCCACUGGCUCCGGCAUCUCCACGGCGGUGGCAAACCUGCUGGGGCUCUUCUACAUUCCCCAGGUCAGUUACGCCUCCUCUAGCAGACUCCUGAGCAAUAAGAAUCAGUUCAAGUCCUUUCUCCGUACCAUCCCCAACGACGAGCACCAGGCCACCGCCAUGGCAGACAUUAUCGAGCAUUUCCGCUGGAACUGGGUGGGCACAAUUGCAGCCGAUGACGACUACGGCCGGCCGGGGAUUGAGAAAUUCCGAGAGGAAGCUGAGGAGAGGGACAUCUGCAUAGACUUCAGUGAGCUCAUCUCCCAGUACUCUGAUGAGGAAGAGAUCCAGCAGGUGGUAGAGGUGAUCCAGAAUUCCACGGCCAAAGUCAUCGUCGUUUUCUCCAGCGGCCCAGACCUUGAACCCCUCAUCAAGGAGAUCGUCCGGCGCAAUAUCACCGGCAGAAUCUGGCUGGCCAGCGAGGCCUGGGCCAGCUCCUCCCUGAUCGCCAUGCCGGAGUACUUCCACGUGGUGGGAGGCACCAUCGGAUUCGCUCUGAAGGCCGGACAGAUCCCAGGUUUCCGGGAAUUCUUGCAGAAAGUCCAUCCCAGGAAGUCUGUCCACAAUGGUUUUGCCAAGGAGUUUUGGGAAGAAACCUUUAACUGCCACCUCCAAGAAGGUGCUAAAGGACCUUUACCCAUGGACACCUUCCUGAGAGGCCAAGAAGAAGAAGGCGGCAGAAUGAGCAACGGCUCCACUACCUUCCGACCCCUCUGUACAGGGAACGAGAACCUCAGCAGCGUUGAGACGCCUUACAUGGACUAUACACACUUACGGAUUUCCUACAACGUCUACUUGGCCGUCUACUCCAUUGCUCAUGCCCUGCAAGAUAUAUACACCUGCUUACCUGGGAGAGGGCUCUUCACCAACGGCUCCUGUGCCGACAUCAAGAAGGUUGAGGCUUGGCAGGUCCUGAAGCACCUGCGUCACCUAAACUUUACCAACAAUAUGGGGGAACAGGUGACUUUUGAUGAAUGUGGUGAUUUGGUGGGGAACUAUUCCAUCAUCAACUGGCAUCUCUCCCCAGAGGAUGGCUCCAUUGUGUUUAAGGAAGUUGGCUAUUACAACGUCUAUGCCAAGAAAGGAGAAAGGCUCUUCAUCAGUGAGGAGAAAAUCCUGUGGAGUGGGUUCUCCAGAGAGGUGCCUUUCUCCAACUGCAGCCGAGACUGCCUGGCAGGGACCAGGAAAGGAAUCAUCGAGGGGGAGCCCACCUGCUGCUUUGAGUGUGUGGAGUGUCCUGAUGGCGAGUACAGCGAUGAGACAGAUGCCAGUGCCUGUGACAAGUGCCCCGAUGACUUCUGGUCCAACGAGAACCACACGUCCUGCAUCGCCAAGGAGAUUGAGUUUCUGUCGUGGACCGAGCCCUUCGGGAUCGCGCUCACGCUCUUCGCGGUGCUGGGCAUCCUCCUGACGGCCUCGGUGCUGGGCGUCUUCAUCAAGUUCCGCAACACGCCCAUCGUCAAGGCCACCAACCGCGAGCUCUCCUACCUGCUCCUGUUCUCGCUGCUCUGCUGCUUCUCCAGCUCCCUGUUCUUCAUCGGGGAGCCCCAGGACUGGACCUGCCGCCUGCGCCAGCCGGCCUUCGGCAUCAGCUUCGUGCUCUGCAUCUCCUGCAUCCUGGUGAAAACCAACCGCGUCCUCCUGGUGUUUGAGGCCAAGAUCCCCACCAGCUUCCACCGCAAGUGGUGGGGCCUCAACCUGCAGUUCCUGCUGGUCUUCCUCUGCACCUUCAUGCAGAUCGCCAUCUGCGCCAUCUGGCUGUACACGGCGCCCCCCUCCAGCUACCGCAACCAGGAGCUGGAGGACGAGGUCAUCUUCAUCACCUGCCACGAGGGGUCGCUCAUGGCCCUGGGCUUCCUCAUCGGCUACACCUGCCUGCUGGCCGCCAUCUGCUUCUUCUUCGCCUUCAAGUCGCGCAAGCUGCCCGAGAACUUCAACGAGGCCAAGUUCAUCACCUUCAGCAUGCUCAUCUUCUUCAUCGUCUGGAUCUCCUUCAUCCCGGCCUACGCCAGCACCUACGGCAAGUUCGUGUCGGCCGUGGAGGUGAUCGCCAUCCUGGCGGCCAGCUUCGGCCUGCUGGCCUGCAUCUUCUUCAACAAGGUCUACAUCAUCCUCUUCAAGCCGUCGCGGAACACCAUCGAGGAGGUGCGCUGCAGCACGGCCGCGCACGCCUUCAGGGCGCCCGUGGGCGCCGACCGCCAGCCCGCGACGGAGGAUCCUGAAGACACGUCCCCGGCGCGGGUCGUGGCCAAUGCGCGGAGCUUCGUCAUCAGCGGCGGAGGCAGCAGCGCUGUCACAGAAAACAGGCUGCAUUCGUAA